AUGUCGAUUGAAAUAAGUUUCAUUUGUUUUUUCUUUCGUUCUUUCUUUUCUUCCUUCUCAUUCUCUAUAUAUCUAUUUAUCUCUUAUCUUCCUCUCUUUCUCUCUACCUCUCUCUGUCGCUUUAUCUCUCUCUCUCUCUCUCUCUAUUUCUCUAUCUAUCAAUUUAUCUUCUUCGGUCUUUCUUUUCCGUCUUUUUUUUUCUUUCUUUCUUUUCCUUCCUUCGUUUUUUCUUUCUCCCGGCUAUCUAUAUAUCUGCUUCUCUCUUUCUCUCUAUCUCUCUCUGUCUCUUUUUCUCUCUCUGUCUCUCUGUCUCUAUCUAUCUAUCUAUCUAUCUAUCUAUCUAUCUAUCUAUCUCUUUCUCACUCUCACUCUUUUGACAUAAAGAACUUAUCAAUAUCUAUCUACCGAUCUAUUUUUCUCACUCUUUUAUCUAUCUAUCUAUCUAUCUAUCUAUCUAUCUAUCUAUCUAUCUAUCUAUCUAUCUAUCCCAUUCUUCUAUCUAUCUAUCUAUCUAUCUAUCUAUCUAUCUAUCUAUGUAUUCCGCUCAUAUUUUCUGUAUCUAUCCACCAUUCUCACUCAAUUUCUAUUUGA